CAGACAGCAGCAUGUCAGUGUGAAAACCGAUCGAGAAGGAGGUGCACCUAUAACAACCCGGGAAAAGGGUAGCGGGAGUUCAAGAAGCCAGCUACCAGUAGGCUGCAAGCGGACGUUUCCUUCCUCGCUUGAACAAACCCGACAGGCAUCCGCGCGAGAAGUCUCGCUGUUCGGUCUCCAGUUGCGUAAAGGAAGACAUCGCGUCCAUCGGGUUGCGUGUUGUGCGCGCUCUUGCUCCCUGGACCACUGCACUCGAUGGGGAUAAACGGAAUACAUUUUGCUCCAUCGGCCGGAUUGACUUAUACGGGUGGAAGUGGACUGAAGCAAUGAUGGCAGCUCAUAAUCACCACAGAGACUGUCCUUGCACUGAAGUAUUACAGAAAAUUAACAGCCUCACUUAUGCUUAACUGAAACCUCUCUGAGGCAUAUGCUGAUCUUUGCACCUUCAUUUAUCUGACCUGUAUGCCCUUCUCUAUCACACUGAGACUAGAACACUUAGUGAAAGAUCUCUCUGCACCAGUGGACAGUAGAUCAACCAACCAAAGCCCGUGGGAGACGCUGUAGGAUUAGAUCUCAAUUGCCCCAGCAACAAAUGGUCCAUUAUUUUUGAAGAUCUCUGGCCAGUUCAUUUAUAAGGACCAAUUAUUUACAGAGCGGAACUGGGCCAAAAUGAAGGACAUAUCAUUUGUGGAUUAUUUGCUAUUAGGGCUUGUGAUGGCUACUUUUGUUCUUGCUGUAGAGGAGAAAGGCAGUUGCCCUAAACUUUGUGUAUGUGAGAAUAGGCCCUGGUUUUCUCCCAGCUCCAUGUAUAUGGAGGCCCCUACUGUUGACUGUAAUGAUUUGGGACUUUUUAACCUGCCCUCAGGGUUACCUGUUGAUACACAAGUUGUUUUACUGCAGUCCAACAACAUUGCCAAGAUUGAGAAACCUUUGGAUUACUUGCCCAAUGUCACAGAGAUUGAUCUUUCACAAAACAACCUAUCCACAGUAAGUGACAUCAACCUGGGCCACCUCCCUAAACUCCUAUCACUGCACAUGGAAGAAAACUGGAUAUGCUCCCUACCAGAUAAUGCUCUUUCACAACUUAUCAACCUUCAGGAACUGUACCUAAAUCACAAUCUCAUCUCCCACAUCUCACCCAAGGCCUUUAAUGGCCUUCACAACUUACUCAGACUGCAUCUCAACUCUAACAGACUCCAGAGAAUAAGAAGUGAGUGGUUUAAACCCCUGCCUAAUCUUGAGAUUCUAAUGAUUGGUGAAAACCCUGUCACCUCUUUACAGGACAUGAACUUCCAGCCCUUAAAAAACUUGCGCAGCCUUGUUCUUACCCGAAUGAACUUAUCACAGAUUCCAGACAAUGCACUGGCUGGCCUUGACAACCUGGAGAGCAUUUCAUUCUAUGACAAUACUUUCCCUGAGGUUCCCCACAGAGCCCUUAGACAUCUUAAGAACCUCAAAUUUCUGGACCUUAAUAAGAACCCCAUUGGUCGAAUACAGAGGGGCGACUUUUUGGAUAUGCUUCAUCUCAAAGAGCUGGGCAUCAACAGUAUGCCAGAGUUGGUAUCCAUUGACAGCUUUGCCCUCAACAAUCUCCCAGAGCUGACUAAGAUCGAGGCUACCAACAACCCAAAGCUAUCCUAUAUUCAUCCCAAUGCCUUCCACAAGCUUCCCCGACUGGAAACCCUUAUGUUAAAUGGCAACGCCCUCAGCGCUCUACACAGAAUCACCAUAGAGUCUCUUCCCAAUCUGCGGGAGGUCAGCAUGCAUUCCAACCCCAUCCGUUGUGACUGCGUAGUACGUUGGAUGAAUAUGAAUAAAACCAACAUCCGCUUCAUGGAACCUGACUCUCUGUUCUGUGUGGAACCCCCUGAGUAUGAGGGUCAGCAUGUGCGGCAGAUUCACUUCAGAGAGAUGAUGGAGAUCUGCCUGCCUCUCAUUUCCCCAGACAGCCUGCCCAAUCAGGUUGCCGUGGACAAUGGAAGCUCGUUGUCCCUGCACUGCCGGGCAUUUGCUGAACCAGAGCCUGACAUCUACUGGGUCACUCCCUCUGGGAACAAGGUCUUAGCCAAUGCUGUGGCAGAUAGGUUUUACAUGCACCCUGAGGGCACACUGGACAUUUAUGACAUCACAGAGAAAGAGGCUGGACUGUACACCUGUGUGGCGCACAACCUUGUUGGUGCCGACUUAAAGUCUGUCUCUGUUGACGUGAAUGGACACUUCCCUAAACCUGCCAAUGACUCCCUAGAUGUCAGCAUCCAGUCUGUACAGACCAGCUCUGUCGUGGUAUCUUGGAAAGCCUCUCAUGGCAGUCUGACACCAAACAUUAAGUGGUACACCAUGCCCAGCACCGAACAUCCGACUGUAGCCUUUACUGCCAGGGUCCCAUCUGACAUGAGGAUGUAUAAUCUCACACAUCUCAGUCCUGCGUCACAGUAUACAGUGUGUGUGGACAUCCACAGUAUCCACCAUAAACACACUACUAAGUGUAUCAACGUCACAACAAAGGGAUUAGAGCAAGCGGAUGAGGCCAUUGAGAAGUGGGAUGCAAUUGUAGUGGCUGUCUUUGCUGUGCUACUCACCAUCAUCUCACUGGUUUGCCUGCUGAUUUAUGUGUCUCUGAGGAACCAGCAUCUUUAUGUAGAGUUAAGGAGAUGCCCAUCCAAAACAGCACUGACACCUGAGGCUGGAACACAGUCUCGAUUUGCAAGGCUCUUGGUUUCUGGGAACGGCAUGCCAACUGCUAUGGAGGUGAAAGCUACAGUCAUAAAUGUGUUGGACAAUGCCUUCUAAGCAGCCCACUCAAAGAACUGCAAAAACCUUAGCAAGGUGACAAGGCACGGGAGGAGAACAUGCCAUUUCAAAUAAGUAUCCUUUUGCCUUGACAUACAACAAACUAUUCAAAUGGAGGAAGUGUCUUCACAUUUAACCAGCGCUAUAUCCCCUAUUAUGACCCGUCUGAGGUGGCAGUGGUGAUGGCAAUGUGGCUUGUAGAAAGAAAGUCCAGACUCUUUGGUCAAAUAUGGAUUGCGAUAAUUUGGGGUCGUGUACCGGGUACAGAUGGUAAACCAGUAAAAGUAUGGUGUUAUUUCUUAUAAAUGACUGUUAAUCAUGUAAACAGUAGUGAAGCAGUCCUUGUGGUCCCAAGCAAUACCGUCUGUGCUGUACAACAUCCAUAGACGUAUUAGAGAGGCCAAUUAUUUGUAAAGGGGAACAACUAGUAGAAUAGAAAAUUAUAGUGAGUAUGGUGUAAAUUUUUGAUGAAAUAUAUCUUUUUUCUAUUUAAUAGAGGAUUUUGACUUUUCAUGGCUACAAUCGUUAUAUAUUCUAUCCAGAAAUGAAACAGAUACCUUCUGUGCAGUAGCCAGGAUUUAACCCAUUGUGGAUUAGCUACAGAAUGUAAGAAAUAACUUGCAGAAUGACACAUUUGCUGAAUAAAACACUGUACAACAUAAAUAAUAGAGGUACAUUAAGAGAUACAUAAUCUUAUCAGGAUUGGAUAGUGGCAUUGACAUGCCAGCAACAAAAUUCCUGUCAGAAAUUCCUGUCAAAGGUCAUAUAAGCCAGGGUAAGUGCCUACUCCAAGACAUAUGUAAACCAGGACAAGGUCAGAAUGUUGCUCAUAAUUGUUUAGUCAAUUGAGUGAAGGACAGAAGUAAUGACUGCAGCCUGACAAGCCGAUCUCAAACUUUUAUUGAAAAUACUAUCUCAGUACUUUUAGCAUUCAUAUGGUUCAAAAGCAUUGCGUUCUUGCUUUGGGUGUUUAAAGUUAAAAAGCCAUUUUUAUAAUGACUGUGCUGUCUGUGAUAUCCAAGCGCACUAGUCAGUGAGACUCUGUGCGAAGAAAAUACAGAAUAAAUGUCAACAUCUUUUUGCAAUCAG